GGUUCCAACAAAUGUGAGAAUUAGAUUUCUAGUCCUAAUACCUGGGACUAGAUAAACUCACUCAAAGUCUUUCAUUUUUCUUCAAGAAUUGAUUUUCUGAAGUUUUAAUUGUGGUGUCCAAGACACAUCUGAUCAGAAAAUCUUAAAGAUUCGGAUCAAAUAUUUUGAAAGUUUCGAAACAGCACGACAAUCCUGAGUAUCCAAUUCCGACACUAAAAGAGUAUGGCGGGACUAGAAAUCAUAGGCGCUAUAUCCGCCGUAGCCGGCCUCCUAGAAUCCAGCAUCAGUCUUUUCGAACGCCUGCGCCGAACCUACAAUGACCAGAAAGAGUCUUCCAAGAUCCUCGGAGCGCACGUCGUCGAGAUCCAAGGAAUCUUAACCAUACUCGACCUCGUCAAGCAUGAAGCAAAUUUACGCACGGCCGCCGUGCUUUCCGAGAUCGAGUCUAUUCGCAAGAUCGCGACGGAGCUGAUCAGUAACUUGGAACUAAUGAUGCCGGGGGAUAAAAGCCAGGCGCGUCGUUUUGCCCAUCAAUUUCUACAGGGAACCAAAGAGCAGGAGACUCUUGCGAAGCUGAUGGAGCGGCUUGAGUAUGCAAAGUCGAGUUUGGGCUUAGGUUUACAUGUUGCUCACGUAGGAGUGACGCGGGUCGUGGGUGAUAAAGUUGCGAUUAACAUGGAAAUUCUGAAUCGGGUGGAUGGGCUACUUCGGAAUGUAUUUGGAGAUGAUGGAGGUCUUGAGAUUGCUGAAGUGGUUAAGAACCAUCGGCCCGAAAAAGAUGGAUUGGUACAUAUCAAGAGUGAAGAACUCUCACUAAGAACCAGUAGAGAUUUAAAAGAUGCGGAACGGGGUUCUGGUCGGAUUGUCCUGAAGAAUGUGACCAGAGAACAAGCUCUGCAAAUCAAUGGACCGAUUGGAGAAAAAGGAUGGCGAGAGGUAUCGCAGCUAGAAAUUCGAGACAACGAAGCGGCUGGAAGUGGCAUCCAAGUCAACCAUGCAGUUUCUGAAGAUGUGUUCUUAAAGUUACUAACGCAUAAAAGUCAAAAUAAGUCGGAUGGUACACUAGGGCCUAUUCUACAAAUUAGCGCUGGUCUCAUGGCUCUGUUAGUAUUCGCUCUUGCGUUGUGGCUAAAGUAGAAACUAAUGAGAUUAUUGAAUGAGCUAAAAAUUGGCCCA